AACGAGCCAUGUUGCUAUACAUUAAUGAUUACCCAAGCGCCGUGUCAUAUACGAUUUGAUUUGGCAGAUUCACAAGGUCGUGUUUCAGUAAUGAAAUAAGCAUUGUGGAUGGCACUGUUGAGAUCAGUAUUUAUACCCAGUUGACAUGACACUCUUUGUUUAUCCACAAUACUUAUCGCCUUUUCUCCCACUACCCUCACACCCAUAUCUCACAACCUCUAUUUCCCGCACAAUAUGGACUCUCAAGAAAAAUCGUUUUCUAUACCAGAUUUUCCACCACGAGAUCCUUCUCUCGAAACUCGCCCUGUCCCUGACAAGCGCUCUUUUAACAUCCGCUCAUUCGGUCCUGGUGCUGAUCCAGCCAUUCAGAAAACAUCCCGAUAUCUCAGUGAUGUAGACCUGGAUAUCCGGCCCUCAGAUUACAGUGAUGAACCUGAAUUUGAUAGUCAAGUGUUUGAAAGAGAGAGGCCCUUCAAUCGGUGGAUCCGUGACAAUGAAGACUGGUUGGGCUACAAAAAGAGGUCUGACGAUGUGCGCAAGCUUCUCUCCGCCGUAGAGGCACAUCAAAAUAAGACACGAGGACCACUCGGACAGGCAGCCACGGAUCCAACAUGGGGUUAUUUCGUCUUUGUCACAUCUUAUUCCAAUCUGGCGUGCCAAAAACUCAACCAAGCCCUGGAGAACCUGGUUCAGGCCACACUCAGAAGCUUGAGGCUAAUGUCACCAUCUCUUUAUAGUGAGGAAGCAACUAAAAGAUUCAAGCUUGAAGUCAUUGAAGACAAAGAGGCUCUAGAGAAUGCGUCAGAAGAUCGAGUAAGAGAGGAAUUCCGUGCUCAUCUCAGAAGUCUCGGGGUACUUGAAGACGACCUCAUGUUCAGAGGAAUUGGUACAAGCAGGUUCUCAGCAUGCAUCCUUCUUGAUGAACAAACAAUCAGCAGAUUGGCCACUUUUUCCUUCUGCCUCGACAUUGAAAGGGAUGAGCCUCGUCUUGCCAGAGUCUUUGUGAGGAUGAUCGAUCCAAAAUGGGACUAUCCUGCGGAGCCCUACCCAGAGGCAGUUGAUGAUGACGGUGUGCCAUAUAGAGGCGGAGAUGACUGCCCUGUUACUGCUCUCGCAGAGCUCUAUCGCAUUAUGGACGGAAGUUUGAUGGGGGAGUAUCCUUUCUUGUGGACUUUACCUUAGCCCAUGCUACCCUAUAUCAGCCAUCAGGUCAGGAUUAUCAAUAAAAGCAACUCCUCACAUUCCCAC